AUGUCGACCAUUUUCUCCUCUCUGACCAUCGUGGACUUGGCCCCUUUACAGAAUGCUUCGGGCCCAUCUAUAUCCGAGUUGCAGCAGCUGAGCAGCCAGCUUCACGAUGUCUUUACUACAACCGGCUUUGCGUAUCUCGUCAAUACGCCGUUGACUUUCACACAUGCCGAUGUUUUCGGCCUUGCUUUGGAGUUCUUUAAUCUCCCACUAGAAGAGAAGAUGAAAUUGGCCAAACAAUCCUUUCACAAAGAAAACCACAACACAUACAGAGGAUACUUCCCAACCCAGCCCACCGAAGCCUCCGACAAUCUCAAAGAAGGCUUCGAAAUCGGCUCCUCACAAGCCAUCACCACAUCCUCCAAACCUCGCCAGGACUCGACAUUCGAUUUAUCCGAACCAAACGUCUGGCCCAGUGAAGACACAUAUCCAACCUCCUCUCGACAACGCCUGGAACAGUUCUACUCGGAAAUGCAAUCCCUCUCCUCGGCCCUUCUUUCCCUCCUCGCCAUGUCCCUAGGCAAACCUCCCAGCUUCUUCGAACCAUACCUCACCCACUCCCUCAGCACACUCCGUCUCUUACACUAUCCACCUUGUCACACCAAACCCUCCGACAGCCCCAUCUCCCUCGAUGCUGACACACCACCCCCCGAACCAUCUGAUCCGGUCAAACUCAGCUGCACGCCACACACAGACAGCGGCAUUCUCACACUGCUCCACCAAGACUCAACCGGUGGCUUGGAAGUGCAAGACUCGGCGGGGAAGUGGGUACCGGUGCCAUAUAUCCCCGAGUCGAUUGUCGUCAAUAUUGGGGAUUUGAUGGCCAGGGUGUCGGGUGGUAGAUUCGUAGCGACGAUGCAUCGAGUGCGUGCGCCGGCAGCGAGGAUGGUGAUGAAAACGGAUGAAGAGGAUGAUGAUGCUGCAUCAAGGACUAAGUUUGGUCGAUUUAGUGUCCCGUUUUUCUUUGAGCCUGGUGAGGGCUGUGUUGUGCGGUCUGUUGAGGAGGAUGAUGCGGAGGGGGUUGUGUAUGGAGAGCAUAUGCGAGCGAAGAUGAAGACGUGGGUUGAGUAUAAUUCGUCAUGA